ACUCAAUAGGGAGGGUAGACAAAGGGACAAAGAAGUCGCAAGUAGAAUAUAUAAUGGGUCAUAAGCGCACGGCAUCUCAGUUGAGAAAAAUUACCGAAUCGCAAUAAGUGUAAUGUGAAAAGUAUGGCUGAUAUCAUGCAGAUGUUGAGGACAUGGAUGAUGUAAAUGCAGACAAGUUAUUUGAAGCAUUGCAAAUAGAAUUUGAGGACAUAAUGGAGGAUGUAGAGUUCGAGAAUAUCGGUAACAUUGAGGACAGAGUCGACGUAGCAGAAUAUAUUAGAAAUGUGGAUGAGGAACAGUUCGCGAAUAUUAGAGACGAAGUGUUUGAUGAAGUGGAAAUAGACUUUGAGAAUAUAAUGAACCAAGAGUCGUCCGACGAAGAAAUACUGUCCGACGAUAGUGGAUGUACUGAUAGUGAUAUGAGCGAGUAUGAAAUGGAUCGCGUAGAAAAAUUCGUGUCGUCUCCAGAAAUUCGUACAUUGAAUGCCCGUGAAUGA